GUUUGUAAGGGUACUUUAUUCACUGAAUGAACGUGUGGUGCGGAGUGUUUUUUCUUCCGACUACGACCUCAGCGAGGCAAAGAACGAAGAUCCCGUGACUUUGAGUCACAAAUAAAAGGGUCGGUGUGUAACGCGCUGCACGCUUGAUUUUCAACGUAAUAUGCAUUUCACAUAUGCAAUAAAUGCAUUUAUAAGAAUCUGGAUCUAGUCUUCCGUUUCAAAUAAGGAGUAAAACGCACACGAUUUGUCAUGCCGGACGGACUUGUCACGAGCAGGCAGCUCCAGAACGAGGCGACGGGGAUCGACCUGCAGGUGCCGCUCUUCCAGGAGGUACGCGGUACCAUGAUGACGGGGCACGUGGAGUACCAGAUCGUCGUGGUUACCCGACUCGCCGCCUUCAAGUCGGCCAAGCACAAACCCGGGGACGUGGUUCAGCUCAUGGUGUCCAAGAAGUACAGCGAAAUCGAUGAGUUCUGCUGCCGGCUGGCGGCGCAGUAUCCCAAGAUUCCCGUGCCGGCGAUGCCGCGCAAGGCGCUGUUCGUGGGCGAGGCGGAGAUUCGGGAGCGCCGGGCGGCCUUCGACGAGGCUCAGUCAUUCCAGAAGCCUGCCCCUGCCGAGUUACUGAAUCCGUCAUGUCACGGUUGCUGGGGUCUGUUCUUGACCAGUACUUUCUGCUGCGUUUCCUUCUCUAAGUCUCCAAAAUGUUUUGUAGGGGCGAAGACGACGGAUGUGGCUGACUUCAGAACCAGGAACUCCCCAGAUGUGGAGGAUGAGGAGGAUGAUGAAGGGUUUGAUUUCUUUAAAAAGAACGAGCCUCCAGUUCCCAAAGUCUUGCCGGCAACCAAGCCAGUGGCACCAGCAAAACCAGCGAAGCCACCAGUGCCCAGUGAGGAUGAAGAGGACGAAGAGGAGGAGAUCUUGGACCCACUUGGGAUUAUGAAGUCCAAGAAGCCCAAGAAACCCAAAAAGCCGAAGGAGGCGGAGCCAGUGGCCUCUGCCCCGCCCCCCAGACCCGUGCAGAAGUCCACCUUCAAUCUGUUUGACGAGGAGGCGGACCCGGACGAGGACCUGUUCCAGCCCGCGGCCAGGAGGGACCCGGCCCCCAAAACCGGCAACCUGAAGCUGUUUGAGGACCCCGACCUCGGGGGGGCUGUCAAACUCGGCGACGCCCUUCUGCUCCCCACGGCGUACGCCGAGGACGGGCCGCCCGCCGACGCGGGAUUGGACGAGGACACGGACGAGCUCUUCAGGGUGGAGGAGGACCUGGAGAAGCUGCUCGCUGUCAGCAAGGCCGCGAAACCCAAACCGGCCUUGGCCCCCAAACCCGUACCCAAGCCCAAACCCAAACCGGCCCUGCCCAAGAAGCCCGCGUCCCUGUCUCAGAGCGGCGGCGUCGCCGACGGCAACCGAGGGGCGGGGCCUCUCCCAGAGACCAAGGCGGAGUCUAUGGGACAGGUGGACAUCCUCAAAUACAUACAGCAGAAUGAGGAGGCCACCAACGAGGACCUGGAUCUGUUCUGAUGUUUUGGUUUUUUUUUUUUUUUUGGGGUGGGGGGGAGAGGGGUGGGGGGCAAUUUAGGCCUAGUUUUUGGGUCUCCUCUUCUGCAGUGCAGGCCUAAUUGAGUACUCUCAGGGUUACCCCCAAACACGCAAGUGAGUAGGGGGAAGUUUUACCCUACACACCUGGGAAUGCUGUGAUACCCAGAAUUUUGAAGAUAAAGAUUUUGAAAAUGUCUUUUUUUUUUUUUUCCUUAAAGAUGAUGAUCAAGAAAAACUCUUUAUAUUUUCUUCCUCCUCUGCACCUUGUUGACAAGAUCAAACCCCGGUUUUUUGAGGGUGUCCUUAAAGGAAUUUUUUGAUGUCGGGAAUUCUGCGGAUCGAAUGCCGCCAUUUUUUACUUCCUUUUUGUUUUUGUUUUACACCUUUGAGCUCAGUCCAAGUUGUCAUUGGAAUAGCGUAGUUUUUAAAAAACAAAACGCAAAAAAAAAACAUUGAAAUGCAGUAUUUCAGAGGCAUAAUCUGAAGACUUUUCCCACUUGUGCUCUUCCUGUCCGUUCUGUUUUCCGAGGAAGAGCCUGCUCUGUAGGGGGUCCCGAUUAUCCUUUGUUCCCAGUCCUUUGCAGCCGAUUUGAAGUGCUUCCUGUCGUGGACGGGACCGCUAAGCGGGACGUGAGACUGACGUUCCCCCCCCCCCCCCCCCCCCCCCCCCCCCCCCGCCUCGCACUGACCGCCGAAAUGCUUCUGAUUCCCUGAGAGGCCUUUCAGCUCCGUAUAAGAGGCAGACAUUUUGAAAAGGCUCUGCGCUAACGACAGCAGCAAUAACCAGGCACAAUCAGGAGAGAACGCGUGGAACAAACUAGCCAGAUGGAAAAAAAAGGUUAAACUAAUUCAGCCCUUAAACAAAUAUUGCUCCAAGAAAUCGUUCAUGUGGAUAAAAAAUACAUUGGACCCUUGAAUGUGAAAGUGGCAAAAAAAAAAAGAAGAAAAUGUUUCAUGAGUAAAUAUUCAUUACUAUGCUUCUCAUGGGGAUGAGUAAUUAAUGAAGGACCCCAUGUAAAAACCCUCAGUUUUGCGCUUGGAUGCUCGUUACAUUUAAGUUUUAUUUAACAUCGGUUAAUUAUGGCCAUCGAUCUCUGGCCCCUGGAAGUCAGUUUUUUUUAUUUUUUUUUUUUUAUUUUGCUUGUUUCAUCUUAGCAGACACAUGCAGUCUCUAAUUCUAGAAAUGAUAGACAAGCUGUCUACUCCUCUAUUUUCUGUUACAUAAACAUAAACACAUAUGCAACACUAUAUAGACUAUAUUGUUACCAGACAUGAGUCUUCACUUUGAAGGGGCUAGAUUACUGGGUGCUAGAAAAUAGGUUUAUUCACCAUUAUUGCACGUUUUUAUCAAAUCAAGCAGUAUUUGUAUAGAUUUCACACAGUAUGUCCUGUGUGUGGGACACCUCUGAAGUUUAUUGACUAGGGUGUCACCCGUCAUGGGUCAUGGUGGCCAAACAUCCGCUCACCAUGGCCCAGUAAGAGAGUAUAAACACUUCACACGUCAUGGCUAACUAUUUAUGAGAACUAUUCAAUCCGUGCCCCUGGUGUCAAAUGGGGAACUGGAAGGAGGUGAAAGUGAAACACUCACACAUACUUUUUUCCUGAAAAAUAGGUACUUACAGGGACAGCUUUAGUGAGUACUCUGUGACGUGUUUUCCCCCGGAUGUUUGUGCGUACGCUAACUCGGUAGCCGAUCCCGCCCAUGGAGUCCAGGUUAUAAGAAGCUUCUCGCUGCUCCGUUUGUCCAAAUCGUGACCCU